UUUGUAAGUUCUAUGUCAUAUUUUUUUGUGAGUUGAUUUUGCAUCAUCAACCGAGAGAGAGUAAAUCAUCAUUUUGUAUCGUAGUCGUUAGAAUUAUUUUGAUAUUCUCUGUGCUUAGUAUUAAUCAGUGUGUUUUGUUAAAUAUUGGAGUAAAAAUAGAAUUAUGGUCUAUGAAACGUCAUAUGACACGGGUCUAAGACCGUUCAAACAUGAUAAGAAUCGUGGCAAAUGGUCAUCACCGAAGGACUUUUUUUUUGCAUGUCUUGGUCAUGCCUUUAAACCAGAUGCAAUAUUUAUUUAUCCAUGGGUUGUGCUAAGAUAUAAUGGAAUUUAUGCUGUAAUUCCGUACCUAGCUACACUAUGUUUGUGUGUUAUACCGAUCGUAUUCAUGCAGUCAUUCCUAGGACAAUUUUCAAGUACAGGAUUCAUAUCGGUUUUCCGAAUUUCACCACUUUUUAAGGGUAUUGGAUAUGUUUCGUUGAUAGUAAACUUAACAAGCCUAGCUUACUAUGCUGUUUUGGGAGCUAUUCCAUUGUUUUAUUUUAUUCAUACUUUAACACCAACAAUUCCCUGGAGUUGUGAAGGAGCUAUAACUUGGAUGAAACUUGAAGAAAAUGCUUCUUCGAUUUGCGCAUAUGUCAAAGUCAAUUUAACUAAUGCCACAUGUAUAGAUGAUGUUGAAAUACCUUCAGUAGAGUUUUUUAAUUUUGAAUUAGAUACAAUGACCAUGUAUCAUAACAAUCAUCCUAAAGCAAGAUUUUCAUGGGCUUUAAUGAUAUGCACUUUUAUUAUUUGGGCCAUGGUUGCCACCAUACUUAUUAAACCAAUUGAAUGGAUUGGAAAGUUUCUACGUUAUUCGUGUAUAGCAUUUUUGACAACCAUGGGACUGGUUUUGAUACGUUUACUAUUUUUACCAGGAGCAGCAAAAGGCUACCAAGAAAUAGAACCCGUUCAGAGUUAUUUACAAACUUUGUUUUAUGUGCCUUUGCUGGCUUUUACAGCUCUCGGUCCUGGAUGGGGUUCUGUACUAACAAUGGCAAGUUAUAAUAAAUUCAAUACGAAUAUAUUUCGUUAUAGUUGGGUCAUGUGUUUUGGACAAAUGGGAGUUAUGUUCGGGCUGGCAUUAAUGUCACUUUUUAUUACCAGUUUUAUGAUGAAGGAUGCUCCAACUGAAAUAACGUUUAAAUAUAUUCACACACAAUGGAUGGAGUUUUUGACCAUUCCAACUGGUCUAACAUAUAUGGAACUACCUUACAUUUGGUCAUUCUUAUUUUUUGCAAUGAUUACUCUUGGAUGUUUAAAUCUUUUGAUUGUUCAACUACUUUCAGUUCUGACUUCUCUGUUCGAUGAAUUUGAAAUGCUUCGACAUUUAAAAAAGGAAAUAACUAUGGCAACAGUGGGCAUUUUGGCUCUGACUUCCAUUUUGUUUUGUACAAAUUAUGGAAUUACGUCCUUUGAGACACUUUCGCUAUUCUCAAUUAUAAGUCAGAUGGUCCUCAACUUACUUCUCCUGAUUAUUGUGGUUUGGAUUUAUGGACGAGAGCGAUUUCAAAGAGAUGUUUCUUUUAUGACAAAUCAAACUUAUCCCACAUGGAUGAUUAAUGUUGUGAGAUAUGUUGCACCAUUUUUCUUAUUUUUAGCUUCGGUUAUACCACUUGGAUUUAUUGAUAUACAUUUUUACAUGUUAAGAGGCAUGAUAUUUGUUUUUCUUAUCCUUGCUAUUUCAUUAUUACCAUUUUUAAUUAUACCGAGUUAUUGUAUUUUUAAAAUGAUACAAACAACUGGAUUUUUGGGAUCUCGAAUUUUACGGAGUAUUAGACCAACAGAUUGGUAUCCUGAAGAUCCCGAUGAUAGACGAAGGUAUGAGGAGCAAUUUAAUGAGACGGAAAUUUCACAUAAUCUUACCACAGAUAAUGUUGAAUUAAAUUAAAUUUUUUGUUUUCUAUUAAAAAAUAAAGUCUUCCUCAAAUCUCUCUAGAA